AUGGGAGCCUGGAGGAGCAGUAGGGACGCAAGUUGUAUGUGGACAACGACGAUGAAGUAUAUUAUAGUAGUCGCGAGAGAAGUGUUAGGGGUCUCAAAAGGUUUCUCUGGCAACCACAAAGGUGACUGGUGGUGGAGUGAAGAGGUACAAGAGAAAGUGGAAGCUAGGAAAGCAGCAUACUUGAAGCUUAUAGAGAGCAUAGUGAAAAUGAUGAACAAGGAGGGGUAUAGGAGGGCUAAGAAGGAGGAGAAGUUAGCGGUUACUACGGCUAAGACUAUGGUGUUUGAGCGUUUGUAUGAAGAGCUUGGGGCCAAAGGCAGGGAUAAAAAGCUAUAUAGGAUAGCCAAGGUGAGAGAGAGGAAGACCCAUGAUCUGGACCAAGUUAAGUGUAUCAAAGACGAGGACAGUAGAGUUUUGAUGGAAGAGGCUCAGAUUAGACAAAAAUGGCAGACAUAUUUCCAUAAACUCCUGAAUGAAGUGGGUGAUAGGGACAUUGUGCUGGGCAACUUGGAGUACUCCGAGAUGCUCCGGGAUUUUAGGUAUUUUAGGCGCAUAAGAGUAGAGGAGGUUGAGGGGACUAUGCGUAAGAUGCACAGGGGUAGAGCUACCGGACCAGAUAAAAUCCCUGUGGAAUUUUGGAAGAAUGUGGGUAGGGCAGGGCGUUUGACUGUGGAAGCCAUUCACCUUGUGAGAAAAUUGGUUGAGCGUUAUAGGGAAGUGAAGAAGGAUUUGCACAUGGUGUUUAUUGACCUAGAGAAAGCUUGUGACAAAGUCCAGAGAGAGGUGCUUCGCCGAUGCUUGGAGGCUAAAGGGGUUCUAGUAGCCUACAUUAGGGUGAUUAAGGACAUUUAUGAUGAAGCUAAGACUCGGUUUAGGAUAGAGGGAGGAAACUCGGAACACUUUCCAGUUGUGAUGGAGUUGCACCAAGGAUCAUCUCUUAGUCCAUUUAUAUUUCCUUGGCAAUGGACGCAUUGA